UCAGUCCGAAGGAAAGAAGAAACAGCGGCGGGAGGAGAGAAGUCUGUGAUCAGGGCCAUGUAAACAGAGGGAAAGAGCUCUCUCUGUCUGCAAAAAGCAGCGUUUGUCGAUUUUUUUUUUUUGUUACUCCAGAUGUUGUUACAGUUUAUGGAGCUGAUUUAAGUGUCGCCCAGUCAUGGCUGAGGAACCAGCAGCAGAAAUCCGGCUCCUCAAAGGCCAGAAGGCCAAGCUCAUUGAAAUUCUAAGUGCCGAUGCCGACUUUGUCCUGCAGCAUGCGGACUCUCGCUGUCUGCUGUCUCCUCAAGGCUACCAGCAGGUGAAAGCUUGCCGUGUUCCCGGCGAGAAGGUGACCGAGCUGCUCGAUCACGUCCUCCAGAGAGGGCCUGAAGCAGCACACGGCCUGCUGGAACUACUGAAGGACCAGGCCCUGCAGGAAACCUUCCCCAUGCUUUGCUUUGUGAAGGAUCUGCAAGUCAACACGCUCUCGUCAGAAGAAACAUCAAGAAAGAGACGAGCAGCCUCUGAUUCACAAGUGGACAUUUCAUCCAAACAGAUCUGCAGGAAUGGCUCUCGCUUGGUGAAGGAGAAGCAGCUGAUGACCGUGGCUCGUAACUUUGGUAAGUCGUGGAGGGAGAUCGGCCGACUGGUUCUGAACGUCCCCUCUGUGAAGCUGGAGCAGAUAGAAGAGGACCAUUCUCUCCAUGUGGAGCGGGUGUUUGCCAUGCUGCGUUACUGGAGGGCCUGCCAGAGGGAAAAAGCCACUGCUGCUCACCUGCACUCCCUGCUCAGUCAGGAUGACUGGGCACUGCCACCCGAAAGCAUCAACUUCCUGUUGGAGAUGGACUGAGGCUUUCACUGUGUGGUACCUGCUGAGACUGAAACCCGUUUUCUUUUUCUAGGAAAAUAAGGGUACAUUACAUUUCUUGGAAAAACAUCCUUGAAGACUUUACGACUUUAUGGAAAUUCACCGACAGCAACAUUUUGCUCUGCUGAAUAAAAGGUCUGUUCAAAGACAGUAAUGUACCUUUACCAUUAUACUGGCUCUCCAUGAUCUUUAUGGUCUGUAACUGCUUCAUCCCUUUUUCAAGGGGUCGCGGGGGUUGUUGCUGGAGCCAACCCCAACUAUCUCUGGGCAAAGGCAGGGUACACCCUGAAUAAGUCGCUAGCUUAUCACAGGGCCCUCAGUGAUGGCAUCUGCACGUCAGGAGCAAUUUGGGAUGCAGUAUCUUGCUCAAGGACACUUCGACAUGCAGCUCAGUUCAGCCUGGGGGAGUAUAGUAUUGAUUUAUGGUUUUUUUUAUUAAGUGGGAAAACAGCUGAGCAAUGCUCAUUUCUUUGUUCUGUAAACACACGUGAGAAAGUAGCAUUUGUUAUUCCAUGAUAAUGACAUAAAUAACUUGUGAUAUCGAGAAAACAAAUAAACUGAACUUGUUUUCACAGAAAAAAAUGA